ACGAUAAACAAACUUGUCCUCGGCCAUUUGUAUGAAAGUUUGUUUUGUAUUGGGACAGGAUUUUACCCGACGUUUUACAAGACGACUUCCACCUAUGACGUUAUGAAAUAGCCUUCCCGGCCAAUAGACAAGGAAGACUUUAACCCCCGCGGAGACAGACGACAUUCUGGCCCCUGAGGACACUGAUAAGAACAGACCGGCAAGGAUGAUGAGACGAUUUUGGACAAUCUUGUGUAUACUGUAUAUGUGUUUAAUCAUUUUUAGAUUUUCUUACGGACUACCAUUAUACUUACUGCAGCUGUGUGGACGCGUCUUCUACACUGGUUUGAAGACUGAGGCGAACUUGUGCAGUCGUGUGUUGUCGCUAUUCCUGAUAGAAUUAGUAUUACAAGGCUGCUCGAAUGUGAUCUGUCUGUAUUGGGGAAGCGCAGUUGACAAGACAGAGAAGAGACCGCAGGCCAAAGAGAACGCGGUGACCCAGACGAAUGGACAAUGGAUGAAGAAAACUAGGCGACAGGACCGCAUACACAGCGAGUUGUCACGUGUGAUAAAGGAGGAGUCAAGGAGGACGCGACGUCAUCGUGUUAUACUCAUCAACAAGUACCGACUAAAAACUUUCCACAUCAAGAAUGACGGAGAGUCCAAGACCAAACUGAUGGCAGGCGUUAACAAGAAGGUUGUCUCCCUUGCUUUGGAGAUUGACGGACUGAUGAAUCGAGUUAAUGAGAAACGCCUCAUCCUCGACAGACAGCGCGAGGAAAACAAACGCGUGCUUCAACGGUACGAACAACUGUACCACGACAUCCAGAACCGAUACAUGUACGAGUGAUAUAACUUGUUUCCCAUUACAGCCCUUUUGUUGGGCUGUUUAGUCAGCUUCACGUACCAACGCCAUUACAUUCACAAUAAAGCCAACAUCCUUUGACGUCGUGACAUUAACAUACUAGUCACUCGCCACUGAAAAGCAUUUUAUAAUUAUUCGCUUGAUAUAUAUAUAUAUUUACGUAUCCAUAUAAUAAUUUUUAUAUAAUGUACAUCCAAUACUUUUUACUAGGAUUUUUAUCCAACUCUCAAAUAUUU